ACCAGUUUCUCUGAAGAAGACUUCCGGUGGUGUGUCAUGGCGGUGGCAUGGUGAAUCCUACAGAAAGGGAAAAAUACUCGCCCCCGUGGUCCUCUCCCGUCGACUCAGACCACAUUUUCUCACAGAAAUAAACGUGUCAGCUUCGGCGUCGCACUUUGGAUUAGUCCGCACGGAGCUGCGGUGUCCCCCCGCCCGGCCAUGGCGGCUCACAAACCCGUGGAGUGGGUCCAGGCCGUGAUUACUAGAUUCGAUGAGCAGCUUCCCAUUAAAGUUGGUCACCAGAACACCCACACCAAAGUCAGCACAGAGCACAACAAAGAAUGUUUGAUCAACAUCUCCAAGUACAAGUUCUCCCUCGUCAUCAGUGGCCUCACUACCAUCCUCAAAAAUGUCAACAACAUGCGGAUAUUUGGAGAAGCCUCUGAAAAGAACCUCUACCUCUCCCAGCUCAUCAUCCUGGAUACACUGAAGAAGUGCCUGGCUGGGCAAUCUAAGGACUGCUUGCGUUUGGAUGAGACCAUGCUGGUCAAACAGCUGCUGCCAGAGAUCUGCCAUUUCAUCUAUACGUACCGUGAGGGCAACCAGCAUGCAACAGAGCUCCGGUCCUCUGCCUCAGCGGUCCUCUUCUCUCUGAGCUGCAACAACUUCAAUGCCGUCUUCAGCCGUAUCUCCACCAGGCUCCAGGAGCUGACGGUGUGCUCUGAGGACAAUGUGGAUGUUCAUGACAUAGAGCUGAUGCAGUAUAUCAAUGUGGACUGUGCCAAGCUGAAGAGGCUGCUUCAAGAAACUGCACUGAAGUUUAGAGCUCUCAAAAAGCCUGCCCAGCUAGCAGUCAUCAACAGUUUAGAGAAGGCAUUUUGGAACUGGGUGGAGAAUUACCCUGACGAGUUCACCAUGCUCUACCAGCGACCACAGGCAGAUAUGGCAGAAGCGGCAGAGAAGUUGUUUGAUCUGGUGGACAGCUUUGCAGAAAGUGCCAAGAGGAAGGCAGCUGUGUGGCCCCUGCAGAUCAUCCUCCUAAUCCUUUGUCCAGAGAUAACACACACCAUCUCCAAAGACACUGUAGAAGACAGCAAAGCCAACAAGAAACUGUUCUUGGACAGUUUGAGGAAAGCUUUAGCAGGCCAGGGUGGCAGCAAGCAGCUGACGGAGAGUGCUGCAAUCGCCUGUGUCAAACUCUGUAAAGCCUCGACCUAUAUCAACUGGGAGGAUCACUCCACCAUUUUCCUCCUGGUGCAGUCUAUCGUCAUGGAUCUCAAGGCUCUGCUCUUCAACCCAGCCAAACCUUUCUGGAGAGGUACAGGCAGCCAGAAUGCUGACGUGGAACUUAUGAUGGACUGCUUUGUCUCCUGUUUCCGCAUCAGUCCUCACAACAACCAGCACUUUAAGGUCUGUUUGUCCUCCUCCUCCCCCUCCACCUUUCACUUUGUCCUGGUCAACUCAUUGCACAGAAUAAUCACUAACUCCCAUCUUGACUGGUGGCCUAAGAUCGACACAGUGUACUGCCACUCUGGAGAGCUCCGCUUUAUGUUCUCAGACACCCUCAAUCGGGUGAUCCAAGGCGUCAGCACCCACGCUCCACUGCGCAUGACACCGAGUCUGACAUUCAAAGGGAAGAUGACUACCAGCCUUAAGUUCAAAGAGAAAACCACAGACCUGGACACUCGAAGUUACAAGUGCCUCCUCCUUGCUCUGGUCAAACUCAUCCAUGCUGACCCCAAACUCUUGUUGCAUAACCCAGUGAAGCAAGCCCCAGAGAUGCAAAGCAGCACAGCAGAGCUCAUCACCGGCUUGGUGCAGCUAGUGCCUCUAAACAACACCACCCAGCUGUCACAAGAAGCCAUGGAGGCUCUUUUGGUUCUACACCAGCCAGAUACCAUAGAGCUGUGGAAUCCCGAUGCCCCCAUAGAGACAUUUUGGGACAUCAGUUCACAGGUGCUCUUCCUCAUCUGCCGCAAGCUGAUUGGCCAGCAGAUGGUGAAUGGGACAGAAGUUCUGAAGUGGCUAAGGGAGAUCCUCAUCUGCAGGAACAAGUUCCUGCUCAAAAACAAGGAGUGUGCCACUGUUGGUGGUGGGAUUCCCAUUUGCCGACAGGCGCAGACAAAGCUGGAGGUGUGUCUCUACAUGUUCCUGUGGAGUUCAGACACUGAGGCGGUGUUGGUGGCCAUGUCUUGUUUCCGCCACCUCUGUGAGGAGGCUGACAUCCGCAGCGCUGCUGAUGAAGUGCCUGUACAGAACAUCCUGCCCAACUACCCUACCUUCAGUGAACUGGCCUCUGUGAGCAACUUGAUGGGAACGGGACGAUCCACCUUGCAGAAGAGGGUGAUGGCCUUGUUAAGGAGGAUAGAGCACCCCACGCCAGGAAAUAUCGAGGGUUGGGAGGACACGUAUGCUAAAUGGGACCAGGCUACCAAACAGAUUCUCAACUUUCCCAAGAACAAGGCUGAUGAUGGGCAGCAGGAGUGGAUCAACAUGACGGGCUUCCUAUGUGCUCUUGGCGGUGUUUGUCUCCAUCAACGCAGCACCCCAGGCCCAGCCACCUACAGCCCACCUAUGGGUCCCAUGAGUGAGCGCAAACACUCCAUGAUCUCCAUGGGCCCCUGCGAGAUGUCCAACUCCAUGGCGUCAGCUGCAUCCUGCUCCUCAUCGGCCUCUAGUGAGACGCCCGUUAGCCGCUUCCUGGACCGGCUGUUGGCCCUGCUUGUGUGUGGCCAUGACAGGGUUGGACUCCAUGUUCGCUCUAAUGUUAAAGACCUGCUGGGGCUGGAGCUCAGCCCCGCCCUCUACCCCAUGCUCUUCAACAAGUUGAGGAACAGCAUUGGAAAGUUCUUUGACACACAAGGACCGGUUCCUAUCAACGACACUAACACCCAAUUUGUGGAGCAGACCAUAGCCAUCAUGAAGAACCUGUUAGACAGCCAUACAGAGGGCAGCUCGGAGCACCUUGGACAGGCCAGCAUCGAGACCAUGAUGCUCAACCUGGUCAGGUAUGUGCGCAUCUUGGGCAACGUGGUUCAUGCGAUCCAGAUCAAAACCAAGCUGUGCCAACUGGUGGAGGUGAUGAUGGAGAGAAGAGACGACCUGUCCUUCUGCCAGGAGAUGAAGUUCAGGAACAAGAUGGUGGAGUACCUGACAGACUGGGUGAUGGGAACCUCCAACCAAGCUGCUGAUGAUGACAUCAAGUGCCUCACAAGAGACCUGGACCAGGCCAGUAUGGAGGCAGUGGUGUCUCUGUUAGCUGGCCUUCCUCUGCAGCCAGAGGAGGGGGACGGAGUAGAGCUGAUGGAGGCCAAAUCUCAGCUCUUUCUCAAGUACUUCACCCUGUUCAUGAACCUGCUGAAUGACUGCAGUGAGGUGGAGGACGAGGGCCAGGCAGUGGGGGGACGCAAAAGAGGAAUGUCUCGCCGACUGGCCUCGCUCCGCCACUGCACCGUCCUAGCCAUGUCCAACCUGCUCAAUGCUAACGUAGACAGUGGCCUCAUGCACUCGAUUGGUCUGGGCUACCACAAGGACCUGCAGACUCGAGCCACCUUCAUGGAGGUGCUGACCAAGAUCCUGCAGCAGGGAACAGAGUUCGACACGCUGGCGGAGACCGUACUAGCUGACCGCUUUGAGAGGCUGGUGGAGCUGGUCACCAUGAUGGGAGACCAGGGAGAGCUGCCAAUCGCCAUGGCUCUGGCUAACGUGGUUCCUGGAUCUCAGUGGGAUGAGCUAGCCCGAGUCCUGGUGACACUGUUUGACUCCCGGCACCUGCUCUACCAGCUGCUGUGGAACAUGUUCUCUAAAGAGGUGGAGCUGGCUGACUCCAUGCAAACUCUCUUCAGAGGAAACAGCCUAGCCAGCAAAAUUAUGACCUUCUGUUUCAAGGUUUAUGGGGCAGCGUACCUGCAGAAGCUACUGGAGCCUUUAUUAAGAGGAGUGAUCACCACUCCUGACCACAUCAGCUUUGAGGUGGACCCCACCAGGCUGGAACAAGGCGAGAACCUGGAAGAGAACCAGAGGAACCUGCUGCAGAUCACUGAACGCUUCUUCCAGGCUAUCAUUGGUUCAUCCAGCGAGUUCCCCCCACAGCUCCGCAGUGUCUGCCAUUGUCUUUAUCAGGCUACUUGCCACUCUCUACUGAAUAAAGCAACAGUAAAAGAAAAAAAGGAAAACAAAAAAGCAGUGGUGAGUCAGCGCUUCCCUCAGAACAGCAUUGGUGCAGUGGGCAGCGCCAUGUUUCUGAGAUUUGUCAACCCAGCUAUUGUGUCCCCAUAUGAGGCUGGCAUCUUGGACAAGAAGCCCUUGCCCAGGAUAGAACGGGGUCUCAAACUCAUGUCCAAGAUUCUACAGAGCAUUGCAAACCAUGUCUUGUUUACAAAAGAAGAACACAUGAGGCCUUUUAAUGACUUUGUAAAGAGCAACUUUGAUUCAGCCAGGAGGUUUUUCUUGGACAUAGCCUCUGACUCUCCACCCAGCGAUACUGUCAAUCACAGUCUGUCGUUUAUCAGUGAUGGUAAUGUGCUGGCCCUCCAUCGCCUGCUGUGGAACAACCAGGAGAGGAUUGGCCAGUACCUCUCGAGUAACAGGGAUCACAAGGCUGUAGGCAGGCGACCUUUUGACAAGAUGGCAACCCUGCUCGCCUACUUGGGACCUCCUGAACACAAACCUGUAGCUGACACUCAUUGGUCCAGUCUUAACCUGACGAGCUCCAAGUUUGAGGAGUUCAUGACAAGACACCAGGUCCAUGAAAAGGAGGAGUUCAAAGCCUUAAAGACCCUCAAUAUCUUCUACCAGGCAGGAACGUCCAAGACUGGGAACCCAGUGUUCUACUAUGUGGCCCGCAGGUUCAAAACGGGGCAGAUCAACGGUGACCUACUCAUCUAUCAUGUCCUCCUUACCCUCAAACCCUACUAUGCCAAGCCAUAUGAGAUAGUUGUAGACUUAACCCAUGUAGGACCCAGCAAUCGCUUCAAGACCGACUUCCUAUCCAAGUGGUUUGUGGUCUUUCCUGGCUUCGCCUAUGAAAACGUAGCAGCUGUUUAUGUGUACAAUUGCAACACAUGGGUGAGAGAGUACACCAAAUACCAUGAGCGGCUUCUGACAGGCCUGAAAGGCAGCAAGCGACUCCAGUUUAUUGACUCUCCUGCUAAACUGGCCGAGCAUAUCGAACCUGACCAGCAGAAGCUGCCUGCAGCCACGCUGACCCUGGAGGAAGACCUCAAAGUUUUCCAUAAUGCCCUUAAGCUGGCCCAUAAAGACACCAAGGUCUCAAUAAAGGUGGGUUCGACAGCAGUUCAGGUGACUUCAGCCGAGCGCACACGUGUCCUCGGCCAGCCAGUCUUCCUCAAUGAUGUCUACUACGCGUCGGAGAUUGAGGAGAUUUGCCUGGUGGAUGAGAGCCAGUUCACCCUCACCAUGGCCAAUCAGGGCACACCACUCACAUUCAUGCACCAGGAGUGUGAUGCAAUCGUCCAGUCCAUCAUCCAUAUCAGGACGCGCUGGGAGCUGUCGCAGCCCGACUCUAUACCACAGCACACCAAGAUCCGUCCAAAAGAUGUUCCUGGCACUCUGCUCAACAUCGCUCUGCUCAACCUUGGCAGUUCUGAUCCCAGCCUCAGGUCUGCAGCCUACAAUCUGUUGUGUGCUUUGACCUGCACCUUUAACUUGAAGAUAGAGGGACAGCUGCUGGAGACGUCAGGCCUGUGCAUCCCGGCCAACAACACCCUCUUCAUUGUCUCCAUCAGCAAGACUCUAGCUGCCAAUGAGCCCCAUCUGACACUGGAGUUUCUGGAGGAGUGCAUCUCGGGCUUCAGCAAGUCCAGUAUUGAGCUGAAGCAUCUCUGCCUGGAGUACAUGACACCCUGGCUGCUCAACCUGGUUCGCUUCUGUAAGCACAAUGAUGAUGCCAAGCGCCAGCGCGUCACUGCAAUUUUGGACAAACUCAUCACCAUGACCAUCAAUGAAAAGCAGAUGUAUCCGUCUAUCCAAGCUAAGAUCUGGGGAAGCCUCGGCCAGAUAACAGACCUGCUGGAUGUGGUGUUGGACAGCUUCAUUAAGACAAGUGCCACAGGAGGCCUAGGCUCCAUCAAAGCAGAGGUCAUGGCUGAUACUGCAGUGGCUUUGGCAUCAGGGAAUGUCAAACUGGUCUCCAGCAAGGUUAUUGGACGGAUGUGCAAGAUCAUAGACAAGACAUGCUUGUCGCCAACACCCACGCUGGAGCAGCAUCUUAUGUGGGACGAUAUUGCAAUCUUGGCACGCUACAUGCUCAUGCUGUCUUUCAACAACUCCCUCGAUGUUGCAGCCCACCUGCCCUACCUGUUCCACGUAGUAACCCUGCUGGUAGCCACCGGGCCGCUGUCACUCAGGGCUUCCACCCAUGGUUUGGUUAUAAACAUCAUCCACUCCCUCUGCACCUGCUCUCAGCUCAACUUCAGUGAGGAGACAAAGCAGGUGCUGAGGCUAAGCCUGACUGAAUUCUCCCUGCCCAAGUUUUACCUGCUGUUCGGCAUCAGUAAAGUCAAGUCAGCCGCCGUCAUUGCCUUCCGCUCCAGCUACAGAGACCGCUCCUUCUCACCGGGCUCUUACGAGAGGGAGACGUUCGCCCUGUCCUCCCUGGAGACCGUCACUGAGGCCUUACUAGAGAUCAUGGAGGCCUGUAUGAGGGACAUCCCAGCCUGCAAGUGGUUAGACCAGUGGACAGAACUUGCACAGAAGUUUGCAUUCCAGUAUAACCCGUCUCUCCAGCCAAGAGCACUGGUGGUGUUUGGCUGCAUCAGUAAAAGAGUGAGCCAUGGCCAGAUCAAGCAGAUCAUCCGAAUCCUCAGCAAGGCAAGCCCCCUGCUCAGCAUCGACCGGGGUCUGGAGAGCUGUCUGAAGGGACCAGACAAUUACAACAGCCAAGUAUUAAUAGAGGCCACAGUCAUUGCUCUAACCAAGUUGCAGCCUCUUCUCAAUAAGGAGUCCCCCAUGCACAAAGCUCUGUUCUGGGUCGCAGUAGCUGUGCUGCAGCUGGAUGAAGUCAACCUGUACUCUGCUGGAACUGCCCUGCUGGAGCAGAACCUCCAUACUCUUGACACAAUGCGCAUUUUCAACGACAAGAGUCCAGAAGAAGUGUUCAUGGAGAUCAGACAUCCCUUAGAGUGGCACUGUAAGCAGAUGGAUCAUUUUGUGGGCCUCAAUUUUAGUGCUAAUUUCAACUUUGCACUGGUGGGCCACCUACUCAAAGGCUACAGACACCCAUCACCCACCACAGUAGCGAGAACAGUGAGAAUCCUUCACACACUGCUGGCUCUCAUCAGCAAACACCUGAAAUGUGACAAGUUUGAGGUCAACACCCAGAGUGUGGCCUAUCUGGCUGCACUGCUCACUGUAUCUGAAGAGGUACGAAGUCGCUGCAGCCUCAAACACAGAAAGUCACUACUGAUGUCUGACUUGUCCAUGGACCCAGUGCCCAUGGAAACCUACUCCAGUCACAUCUCUGAUCCCAGCUGCAGAACUCUGCGAGAGACUCAGCCGUGGACGUCACCUCAGGUUUCAGAGCGCUACCUUUCAGCCCAUCACUACUCCACAGUGGGCCAGAUCAGCCCGCGAACACGCAAGUCCAUGAGCCUUGACAUGGGUCAGCCCUCACAAGCCAACACCAAGAAGCUUCUGGGCACCAGGAAGAGUUUUGAUCACCUCAUAUCAGACUCCAAAGCACCAAAAAGACCAGAGAUGGAGUCGGGUAUGACAACUCCUCCCAAGAUGAGGCGUGUAGCAGAGAACGACUACGAGAUGGAGACGCAGAGAAUUGGAAACUCUCACCUUCGUAAAGUGUCUGUAUCAGAGUCCAACGUUCUGCUGGAUGAGGAGGUGCUGACAGACCCAAAGAUCCAGGCUCUGCUCCUCACUGUGCUGGCCACCCAGGUCAAAUACACUACUGAUGACUUUGACCAACGGAUUCUGUACGAGUACUUGGCUGAAGCAAGCGUUGUCUUCCCAAAGGUUUUCCCAGUUGUCCAUAACCUGCUAGACUCAAAAAUCAACACUGUGCUGUCCAUGUGCCAAGACACCAAUCUCCUCAACCCCGUCCACGGGAUCGUCCAGAGUGUGGUGUACCAUGAGGAGUCGCCGCCCCAGUACCAGCCAUCCUAUUUACAAAGCUUCGGCUUUAAUGGACUUUGGAGGUUUGCCGGACCCUUCUCUAAGCAAACCCAGAUACCAGAUUAUGCCGAGCUCAUUGUCAAGUUUUUGGAGGCACUGAUUGACAGCUACCUGCCAGCAGCUGACGAGGAGCGAGGGGAGGAGCAGCUGAGGACGCCCACCUCCCCCUACCCCCCCACCAGCCAGAGCCAGCUCAGCAUCACUGCCAACCUCAACCUGUCCAACUCCAUGACCUCACUGGCUACUUCACAGCACUCACCAGGCGUGGACAAGGAGAAUGUCCAGCUGUCCCCCAGCUCUGCUCUGUCCAGUGGGGGUCGCACUCGCCACGGUUCAGCCAGUCAGGUCCAGAAGCAACGCAGUGCCGGCAGCUUCAAGAGACCCAGUAUCAAGAAGAUUGUCUGAUCAGCCAGAGAACACCAUCCCAUUCACAUCACAUGAUUUUGCAUUGAGGAGAAAUAUUACCAACUUGAAUUCUGUGUUGCUUAAGGUUUAUCAAAUCUAUUAUUUGAGCCUUUCUGUGGUGUUGGAGAAGGUUCUGUUCAAUCGUUUCUCCUCACUUCUAAGCGCCUGCUGACACAUGCAUCUGCAGAAAAGGCUGUUGGGAAUAACUCUGGACAUGAAGAUGAAGUUAUGGACAUGGACUACUUGAGUUUGAACUGUAACAUCCCUUAGCCUUCCUCAUGAAUAAAAACUCCUUGAGAUGGACCAAAAUUAAAGCAACAGCGGCGGGAGGCUGUAUCUAUGACAGGACCUUCCCUCUGGUCCUACUCGGACAAGUCAGCUCCCCUCUCGCGGUUUUGUACAUAUUUUACAUAGACAGAUUAUGUAUAACCAGUCCUUAGUGCUAAUUUCAAUGUAGAUGAUUUCUCCAUGGUGUGCCUUUGUCAGGGGUUUUCAGUGUGUACAAUUUGUAAAGUAAAGGUCAAACCUUGCUGAGGACAAAGAACAGGUACUAAUUAUGGAGGCAAGCUGUCCAUAUCACCACAAGUUCACACAAGCUGCGUCAUGACUGGCCUCGAAUGAUCGUCAAAUAUACAAUCCUCCAUUUACCUUGUUGCCUGAAAGUAUUUAUCCUGUACAGCUAGAUAAUGCUACACAAAUCAUCUUCUUUUUAAACACUUUCAAAGUAUCAAUAUGAAGGUUGCAAAACAGGGGAAAGGGGAAACAACUGUGUAAAUAGCUCAAAGCUUUUUUGUUUGUUUUUUGUGCAAUUGCUUUUAUUUAGCAAAUGUUUGUUGCAAUUUGGUUGGUUAUAUUUUGUAUGAACCGAAUUUUCAGCAGCAUAGCAUUUUCAUUUGUUUACACAGUAAAAGCAAAAUUGUGUAAUAGGCAAUAAUCCUCAACUAAUUUUUCAACCACCGAUUAUUUUGUGCAGUGUACUGGGACAACACAUCACUAUGUCAGUUUUGUGAAAUAUAAAGCCACCUCCAAGUUGACAUUGAGAAAUAACUUUUAAUAAUUACAUCCAGUGAUCAUUUUUAAACAAAAUUGGCAAUAGCCAUUAUGUUUAAUCCCACCACAAAAGAACACACCGCCAUUUCUUUCCCCUCAGCUGUCUGAGCUGAACCCACUGUUGUGGGAGGUUUGUCCACCCUAAGAUAACCUUUGUCAGUUUGUUAGGGCCAUGCAGCAUUGGACACUAUAGUGUUGAUGGAGUGAAAAUAUUUUUUUUCUACAGAAAUUUAUUGUUUACAAAAGUACUCUUUCCAAAGUCAGGAAUUCACUAACACACUUAGAAUGAGCCACAUUUCUCAAAAGCACAGAUCAGAGGUAGUCUUAAAUGACAAUAAAUAAUCUGAUCAAAAAAGUUAACAGGACAAGGAAUCUAGCCAAACAUGUCAUGCCAUCACUGGACUCUUUUAGCUACACACAGUUAAGUCAGAAUGAACUCACCUCUGAUUUCAGUAUUCUCUAACUCCAGCACAAUAAAGUGUUGAGGGAGUUCCAUCAUUUCCACACAGUGGCGAAAUAUGAAUCCUCCACAGAUGUGAUACACAAACAGUCAACAUCUGGUGUCAGUAGCAGUGAUUCAAUGCUGAUGUCAGUCUGGUACUGACUGACAUGAGGACCGAGCUAUUCAAUGCAACUCUGUUAUGCUAGCUUUAUGUCUACGUGUCCACACUAUGUCAUCUGUCUGCGACACAGGUAGAGCCGUACGUUCUGUUUAUAUAUCAUGGAGGGAGGUAAUAAGGAUUCAUCAGGCCGGACGUUAUUUCACAAUUAAUAUUCCAACAAGAUCUACAACUACUUGCAAUAGCUGCAAAGGAAUAUUUUGAGGGGUGGCAGUGGCACUACAAAUUAUUAUUAAACUAAAUCAAGCAUCUCCAGAAGCAUGAUGCCAAUAAAUAACAGGUCAUUUAACUUGUGUGUUGUCAGGCCCUUAAACAUUGAUUCCAAAGCUGUCACCAUACAGAACUCAUAGAUUGAUUCAUUAUUCCUAUAGUGUGAGAUGGAGAUUUCCUUUAGGAGCUGUAAUAAUCAACCAGGUUAUUGCUGGUGUAAAAGCCAGAAGUUGGAUUUUAGAUCAGCCCACUGUUCCCUCAGCACAUCAGGUACUGCAGGGGAACCGGUAGUCGACUUUCAAAAACAUGUUUCAGGCACAUCAGCUACACAUCACAUCAGCUACACAUAAUUGCAGACUGUUCUCCAUAGUAUUUCAGAUGAUUUAGUUGAAUUUGUUUCCAAAAUUACAGUCAGCAAUUGGCUAUCUCGUGUUUUAUACAAGAGCAAUCAGAGAGGUCCGUGCCGUCUGUGUUUUCUCAGAACUGCAUGUGCUUCUACUGUACACAAACAAUCUUCAACAGAACCCAAUACAUUGUCAUGACUGAAACCAAUGACAUUUCAGUUGAAAAAAAUGAUGUUUUAGGUCUUUUAGAAAGUGUCAUCUCAGAAUUUGUCCACCAGGGAGCAUUUUAUUUUUCCACUGUAAAAUAAUCUGUGGACUUAUAAUAUUUAACAACAAAUGGCGGAAUCAAAACACGACUUCGUGGAUUUAAGGCAGAGUCGAGUUUGCAUUAGCACAACACAAUGAUGCCUCUUUGACAUGAUGGUCAUUGCGAUGGAUGACACCUGCCUGCAGGUUGAUUUAGAUGAACUGAAAUAACUGGGAACUAAUGGCUGCCUAGAGAGUGGCGUGACCUACUGACAGAUUAAAAACACCAUGGUUUAUUGUAAACUGGUCUAAAUGUUUAAACUUGCAGACAAACAGCUGCUAAAUUGUUUUCAAUUUAUUGGGUUGUUUAGUUGAGCAGGUGCACAAUUAGACUACGCUGAUCAAUGUUCCACUCGGACCCUCCGUCCACACCUCAGCUACGGUUGGUUUGUCAAAACGCUUCUAUCCUGCCUUAUCUAUUCAUGACAAGAGUCAAGUAUUGUUCAACUCCUAUUUUAUUUUUGUCUGAGCAACAUCUCCAUAUUUCUUGAGUGCUCAUGUUCACUAUGAAUACAUAUGUGAAUCACUUCACAACUGAUUAAGUUUUCCUUGUAAAAUAGUUUGCAUUAUUUUCCCUCUGUCCAUGGAGUUCAUUCAGCCAACACAUGGUCACUAGAUGAAUGCCAUUCAUCAGCCUCAGAAACAAAUUUAUUGUUCAGCCCUGAAGAACGGCAAAAGAAUGGAUACAUUUAAAUAAAUUCCCUGGUCCACUGAAGGCUGUGGAAGUGGAUUGUAGCCUGAUGAAUGGAUCCAUCAGCAACCAAACUUUUCUUGUUGGCCUCCAUCUCUAAUAAGUUGUCAUAAAAAGAUUUGCUCUUAUUUUGUGAAUCAGAAACCAACCACAAAAUGUUUUUUUUUCCAAUGGUGAAAAAUCAGAACAUGGCUUCAGAAAAAAGGAUGAUUGCCACUCCAGUUCAUCUGCUUUGAUCUAGACUGUGUAAUGUAUUAACUAAAAAGCAUCCCGGCACAGAGGUGAAUUUGACAAUUAUGGAAAAUAGCACUUACUUUUCAAUUUUGUCCUGAAAAGUCUUGGUGGUGUAGCUCAGUUGGACACUUGAACAGUUGAAACGUGGCCCUAUAUGUGUCUGAUUGUCAAGGAAAAGUUGGAAAAAAUUGAAGCUAUCAUAAAGGUCAGACAUUGUUUAACAGUCCAAAAAGCACUUUGUUUGAAGCUUACCGAAGACUUCAGCUACUGACACGAUUGAACAAAUACAUGAAAUGUGUCAAGGUUCUAUUUAAUGUCAGGUUAACACAAUGUUUUCAGCAGUUAUGACAUCUUCAAAGUUAUUCUAGUGUAGCUUUUAAAACUGACACUUUCAUUGUCUGUUCUUAAAGCUACACUCCUUUAUUUCCUUUGAAUAUGUGUACUUAAAGCCUGAAUAACACAAUCAGCUUGUGUACCUUUAGCAAAUUGCAGCCAGAAAAUCUGAAGGCAAGAUUUUAUUUGACCACCAUGUUAUCAGUUGUCUCCAGGUUCUGUUUUGACUAGUGAGUGAAUGGAAAUAUAAAGGAUUGUGUAUCCAUAACCUCUUAAAGAAGUGACUGACUUGCACUAAUUUAAAAUCAGUCAUAGGUUAAGAUGAAAAAUCUCAAAGUGUGGCAUGUUUAAUUUGAUGUUAUGCAAAAUCUAAUGUCUGCAGAGUAUUAGUCUGAAUUUAGUUUUUAUUGCAGUAAGUGUGACAAUUGUAAAUACUUUGUGUACAAUUUGAGAUGGUAUAUUUACUACACUGUACAUACAUGUGAUAUUGUAUCAUUUUGUUUUUGUAAAGCAGUUAGUUUCUGUAUAAUAAUAUACAAAUUGAAUUAUUCCAGUGUUAGUAAUAAAAUGUUUUGCUCUCCACGA